UAGAAGGACCCGCGUCUCCGGACCCGCCUGCCGCACGUUGUUUUGCAAGGCAAAGAUGCGUUUUUUGGCUUGAAUCUUUCUCUAUAUUGAGUAAUUUGAGACGAAACUGCCUUUUUUCUCCUGCUUAUUUUAGCUGAGAACUCAUUAUCUGGCGACUGAUCUCAAGACCGAAAGAGAUGUCGAAUAUUCCGGUAGAGAUUUCCCGUCUGUCGGACGAACAACUUCGAGCUGCCUUUAUGGAAAGAGGUCAGCCGGUUGGACCAGUCACGGACACAACCCGUAAAGCCUAUCAGAACAAAUUAGCCUCAAUUAUGGGCUUUGGAACCCCAAAGAAGACCACCACCCCUAGGAAGAGCACUCCAAAGAAGCAGAGCUUGGCAGCAGUGAGCUCGGAGGAAGAGGACGAGGAACCGAUGGUUCCAGUGGUGUCGAGACGGCAAGCCACUCCGCCAAAGAGAAAGUCUGUCCUACCUCAAAGUCCUCAAACUCCAGUCAUCACACCUCAAGUGAGCACCCCUGAAAGCUCAGUGACCAGGAAAAGGUCUGCAGCCAAAAUAAUCAAGACGAAGCCUGUGAAGCCAGCUACUCCAAUCUCUUACGACACAGGAUCUGACAGUGAUGUGCCUGUUGAGCAACCUAAGGAGACCCGCAGGUCCACACACUCUUACUGGAGACAAACCACGGUGACUCCGAGCAGCUCAACGACUGCUCCUGGAAACUCUCCAUUUGUGUCUGAUUUUGGCAAGAGGCUCAGUCUCAAUACCUUCAAUGGCCACUCCACCAGAACGGAUCUUGGCCCCCAGAGAAUGCCUACUUCUGCUCACGAGAGCAUUGGACCUUCGUGGAGUCACAAAUUCUUCACUCUGGUGUUCCCUGUCCUGUUGGUUGGCUUUUUUGCUUUCCUGAUUUUUCGCUACAAUGGAAUGCCUGCUGCCCCUCGGGACAUUGCUGAGAAAAUUGACCCCUAUUUCAAGAACCUGGAAAUGAGACCUGAUACCGUGAUUCCAGUUUGCAAAGACACACAAGUACAGGGAAUCAACUGCAUUAUGUAUAAUGAUGCUCUUCCUACCAUGGAACACCUUCGAUUCUUGGCUCCAAAAAUUAAAAAGAAAUAUGUUGACGCCAUUUGCUACCCUACUGGUGAACAAGAAGGAGUCGAGUUUGCUGAAGCUUACCCUAUUUCUGACCUGGGCUACGAGCUAGAUGUCCGAGGAGUUUCGGUAAAUGAUUCCGAGACUGUCAUGAACAACAUUCGAGUGAUGGUGCGUCACAAUCCUAAGUGGGGCUUGGAGAUCACCAAUCAAGGCAAAGCCAUUACUUUGACUGAAGCAUGCCUGCCAACCCUGUGCUCCUUCAAGCUGAAGAUUGCAGGGUUUAUGAAUACCAUCAUUGCUGUGUGUGCUGCGCUUGCAUUGCUGUUGGCCAUUAAGGGUGUGCACAAAUUCUUUGUGGACAGGGCUCUGAAGGAUAAGGCUCGGAAGGAGGCGCUGAUCAAUAGAAUCAGAGAUCGCAUGGAAAGCACAGAACUAGCAAACGGGCCUUUUGAUGUUCCCAUCGACCAGCUGAGAGAUGAGCUGCUUGGAGCCAACAACAUCAAAUCUAUGAAAAACAUCUGGGAAGAGGCUUUGGCUAGCGUUUUGAAGUACGACCCACAAAUCAGGCUGGAGACAAAGAGAAUUGGAGGUGAAGAGACUGAUUGCCUUGUAUGGAUUCACUCCAGGUCUCCUCCAGGAAACAGAACCUAUCAGAAUUUUCAAGAUGAUGCGGCACAACAAAGAGAAAAUGCCGAAAGUGCAUCCCAGAUGUCGAAAGAUAACAUGAGCAAAGUUUGGCAGGGACAAGCCUUUGAAAAUGUUGAGGGGUCGUUCAACUCUCCACCUGUGUGCCCUACUCAGUGCCUGAAGAUUCGACACAUGUUCGUCCCUGAUAAACCUGCUGGUUCUGAAGGAGUUGUUGAUGCCAUUUUGGAAAAGUGUGGGCAGAACGUUAACAUUCUGCACAUCAAGUUGGACUCUACUGCAAAUGACUGCUGCGUCUAUAUGAAAACUGCAAGCCAAGCCGAUGCUGGACGAGCUUUCCGAGCCUUGCACGGAUGGUGGUUUGAUGGAAACUUGGUCACCGUAAAGUUCUUGCGUCUUGAGCGCUAUCACGAGAGAUUCCCAGAGGCCAUCAAUGCUUGCAUCCCUCUUCGCCCGUCCAACAAUCUGAAGCGCUCUCUACAAGGCAAACUCUGGGAGGACAGAUCAAACUGAUGCGGGAAAAUUCACUCAUUUUAACCUUAAGACUCACCAAUUUUAACAGAAUUAGCAUCUUGAGACUAGAAAGAAGCUAAAUAGAAACUUCAUUUGGAAUUGAAAGUGCUCCUUGAAAAAAAGAAAAUGAAUAUUUGGCGCACUGGGUAAAGUUCAACAUUGAAUUAUCAUAAAAGUAUCAUAAGUUAAAUAAAAUUGAUCUUGAAAGUUGACCACCCAUACUGCUGAAACUUUAUAAUUAUGUAAAAUAUUUAAGUUUUCCAUAUCCGUGGAAAUGUGAAGAUGAGGGUGUUUUACGUAGGGUGUAUGGCCCAUGCCAAUUUAGAAUUUAACGCUCCAUAAUUUGAAAUGAGUUGUAUAGCACAGUAGAAGUUAAUGUUCUUAAUGAAAUUGUCAAAAUGAAUUGUUUUUAGAUUUAACGUCGGCUCUAAAAAAUUGAUACAGAUGUAAUUUUAGUUCAAUGAUAUAAAUUGAUGGCUCAUUUAUCAUAUUAUUUGAAUCCCAUUAUAAAUAUUAUUCUUACACUUUCUUGCUUGUAAUUUUUAUUUAAGUAACUUCCAAUGAUGUCAAGAUUAUGUAUAUUAAUACUUUUUCAACUAAUGACUAAUUUUUGUUCUCAAAAACUUGUAUUCUGAAUAAAGCGACGAAGACUGCUAAA